AUUUUGUAGAAGACCGUGACAAGGUAAGACGAUUGAUCGAAUGGAACAUGGAAGGCUUCAGCAGCAAGCAGCCAGCCAGUCGAGCAAUGCUACAGUGGCAGUCUUGUCGUUUUCUCCAGUCGGGAACACACGGUAGCCUCCAGUGCACAGAGAAUGCAUUCGGUGGUACCGUAUUGUCCAGUACAGUAGUAAGGUUGUUGAUGCAUUGCGUUUCAACACUAGUACAGCAGGGCUCCUUCUUCUUGGCUUGCUGCUUCACGUUUGACCGUCGCUAGCCAGCGAAUGCACUAGACAGCCACAAAAGCCGGUACCGUAGUCUUUACCUCGAUCAUCGGGCUGCUGUUAUGCUCAGUUGUUUCACAGCCUAUCGAUCUUGCCUAUUAUUGCCACGUUGUCACUCUCCCCAAUCUGGCUGCUUCCCUCGUGGAUCUUUUCUAUAAUCUUUUGUUUUCAUCAUCUCUUUCUUUCUAUAUUCUUGCCUCUUGCCUCUCGCUCCUCCGGCCUGACUCGCUGAUCCAACAGCCACACCUGAAGCAGCCAAACAAGUGCCUCCCUACCGUACCGGUACGAGCUAAGAGGUAACAACAUCUUUAGUAAGAAGCAUAAACACAAUGUCUUCAUCCAAGACGACCUCUUCUUCCGCCUCCUCCUCAGCCGCAUCUGUCAGGUCACUGCCUCCAAGGUUCCUUUCCCAAGGUCAAGUGCAGGAACGCUUGGAGGAUACCAUCCUAUCCUUGGACGGAAUGACGGUUUCCACAGAACACAGCCCGCUCUCUGCAUCAUCCCCUCUUGUGGGAAGAUCGAUCUUUGGGGGGGCUCAAACGAGCGACGAAGCCGUUGGCGGCAGGGCCCUCAACGGUAUUGAACAAGAGUACGCCAAAGAACACACGGCCCUUCAAAACUUUCACAGCAACGGAAACGACACCAGCCAACAUCACGAGCUAGAAAUGGAGCACCUAAACACAAACUCUGUAAUACCCGGACCGACUGCCCAGGAGGACAUGCCAGAACUCAUGGACGUUGCCAGUGUCCAAACAAACAUGUCAGGUCUGACUUCCUGUUUCAGCAAGUUCUCUUGGCGCAGCCGAAUGUCUGCCAGUGCGGCAUCACGAUCAGUAGGUACCAGGCCAAGCUGUAUGAGUGCAGCUUCCAGGUCAGCUUCGUCCUCACGGUGUCUUGGCCGCGGCCCGCUUCACAUGGCUUUGGCCAAUGGAGCUCGGGUUGGAAUUGUCCAAGAAAUGCUCUUACAAGAAACAACUCCCGCGGACAAACCAAUUACUCGUCACAGAGAUACGGAUGGCAUGACACCUCUACACCUUGCCAUGAAAAGAAAGGCUCCUGUGGAAGAUGCCGUCUUGACGGUGCUGACAUUUGAUCCACAGGUAGCCAUGCUACAGGACCACAGCGGGAGAACGCCCCUUCAUUGGGCUAUGAAGUCAGGAGCGUCCCCAAAGGUUGUAGAAUACUUGCUGCACUGUAGGCCUGGGGCUGCCAUGAUAGAGGACAGAAAAGGUUGCUUUCCGUUGCACUGCAUAGAGCAAGAUACACCGCUCAGUUCCAUUGAAAUGGUGCUGGCACGGUAUCCUGCUGCUGUCAAGAGGAAAGACUUUGAGCAAACAACGCCGCUGCAUAAACUCUGCCAACAGAUUGUCAAUCGAGGGGGCAUCAAGUCCCAUGUGGAGACCCGACUUCUCUUGGCCAUGGCAGGGAAUCCAACUCAAGAAGAUAGAAAGGGGAACUCUCCGCUCGGCACACUGAUGAAUGGCUGCCUGGGCCAAACCGUCCAGUUCUCAGAGGACAUCUCAAUGUCCAUUGAGAUGAUUGCAUUGUGGACAAAGCAGGCUUCCCUUCUCAGCCAAGAAAGUAUUGAAACGCUGACCAAGAUGAGUAGCAAGUUGCGUGAAUUGAAUGAUACUGUGGAGCAACUUGUAGCCGACACUUACAGAUCUAGAGAUGAGACAAGAUGCAUAAUCAGCCCGGAAGGCCCAGAAGGUAGUGCUCGACAAGCCAAGAGAAACAGAUCCAACGACACCACUACAGGCAGCAGCACAGAAACUCGAACCGUCAAGCAAACUCGAUUAGACCAUCCAUCUACGACUUCAGCGAUAAGUGCCACCGAUACUGGUACAUCAUCGUUUCCAAUCUACUCCAAGGGAAGCACAGCCCAGACCACAGCCCCUUCGACAGCCAACCCAGCCAGUAGCACUACCGGUAACACAACCAAUGAGAGCCGUGACCAACCGCCGUCCUGCGUUCAGAGAUUGGGCCCCACCGCAACUCCAUGCUAUCCACGAAGCGGCAGCUUGCCGCAUCAGAGUCCUGCAGACAAUGUUAGUCCAUGUCUGCAAUCGCGCAGAACUGGAACUGUUGAAAACGAGAGGAUCACUUCUACGAGGAUCCGGCCAUCGCCCAGCGAUAUCUCGACGGCACCUUCCGAUGCCAAGGACGACGCCGACGACAACGCCAAAGCUUCGUCCAAAAUGUCGAUAGCGAAGAAGACCCCGAAAGGCGACGACGCCGCCUUGAAUGAGUCUGAAAUCAAUGUGAAGCGGUUCCAGCGAAAGAUUGGAAAGUCGCGGACAGUCUCCAAGAAGGUGGAUCUAAUCCUCGAAUUGUACCAGUGCGAAGCUGGCAACCGCGGGAAGGUCAAAGACGAGGGAGCCAAGAGUCAUAUGAAGCGAGUCUUCAAGAUUGCGAGAUGCAUCCACACGUGUUACCACGGCGACAAGAGAGCUUUUUGCGACGGCCGUAAAAAGCUUGACAUUGCUCGGUACAAAUGCAGCUUCAAAGCGAAUCAUGGUAAACGCAGAGGCGUUGACGAGGCCGAGCACAUUGCUGACCCGCAGCAAUGCUCAACACAAAAUGCCGUCGUCGGGGAGACGACAGCCGGAGAAGUACGAACCGAGAUCGCAGAAGACCUGCAACUGGCAGACGGGGAAGAGUUUGAUCUUGCCUUUUGUUUCGAAGCUGUACAGUAAACAUCAAUAAAUCGUGCGCCCGUUUGUAGAUACCGGUAGCAGAGGCUUCCUAGAUGCCCUCCCUGCCCAGUUAGUAUACAGCUAUGCCUAUACUAGACGCAGCCAGUG